CGUGGAGACAAUACCUGCGGCUGCGGCACCACGCGCGCUCAGUUACCUCUUCGCGACUUCUUUCGCACUGUUAUGUCUCGAGCCCGAUGCUGUCAGCAGUGGCACGUUUCAGUCAUUUUUCUGAGCCAUCGCGAAGAGGACGAAACAUUUUGUAAGCCAAAAGACCCGCUGAGAAUGAGCCCCGCUUAACUUCGGGUAUUGUUGUCCACCCCCCUCCUUUCUCUCAUCUCCCCCUGUCCCGCGCUCUCCAAGUUGAGUUAUUGUACAUAAGUAUGGUAGAUAAAGGCCCCUUGUUGACUUCUGCCAUAAUUUUUUACCUGUCCAUUGGGGCAGCAAUUUUUCAAGUCCUGGAGGAGCCCAAUUGGAAGCUGGCUGCAAAGCAGUAUAGUGCCGAGAAGGAUAAAAUACUUGAGGACUAUCCCUGUCUGACGAAAGAUGAUUUGGACAGAAUAUUAGAGGUGGUGUCUGAUGCUGCAGGCCAAGGGGUCACCAUAACUGGCAGUAAGACCUUCAAUAACUGGAACUGGCCAAAUGCUGUUAUCUUUGCUGCCACUGUUAUCACAACUAUCGGAUAUGGAAACAUUGCCCCCAAAACAUCAGCAGGCCGUGUAUUUUGCAUCUUCUAUGGGCUGUUUGGUGUGCCUUUGUGCCUUACCUGGAUCAGUGAGCUUGGAAAGUUCUUCGGUGGCAGAGCCAAGCACCUGGGCCAGUAUCUAACCAAGAAAGGAUUUUCACUGAGAAAGGCUCAGUUUACCUGCACAGCUAUUUUUCUCCUCUGGGGUGUGCUGGUCCAUUUAGUACUCCCACCUUUUGUAUUUAUGUCCCAGGAGGGAUGGACAUACAUCGAAGGCUUGUACUUUUCAUUUGUCACCUUGACCACAAUUGGCUUUGGGGACUUGGUUGCGGGUGUGGAACCAAAUAAAGAAUACCCAACUCUGUACCGUUACUUUGUGGAAGUGUGGAUUUAUCUGGGGCUGGCCUGGCUUUCUUUGUUUUUCAACUGGAAAGUGCGGAUGGUGAUCGAAGCUCACAAGGCGCUGAAGAAACGCCGCAAGCUGCGCAAGCUGUCUCUUGAUGAGCUCCGGCACUACAAAGAGUCUCACAAGGCUGCCCUUCGUUUGCCACCCACUCCCAAUGAUGUCAACAUCUUCAGCUUUCUGUCCAAGAAGCAGGAAGGCUACAAUGACUUGAUAAAGCAGAUUGGCACCAAAAAAGAUGACAGAACCACUGUCAGCACCGGCAACACCAUCAAUAAAUCCAAAGAGAUCGCUCGCUCCAAGAGUUGCAGUGACGCUCCCAUGUAUAAUACACACACCAUCCUCAGUCUGGACCGUUCACCACGCCAGAAGAGACGCUACAGUUUCAGUGACCGCGUCACUGUUGCUUUUUCAAAGUCCAAGAACUACCUCCUGGGCUCAGACAAUGGUUUGCUGCUAACCGAAGAUCAUGUAGAGGGUGACCUAGAACUAGACCAGGACCAAAUGUGUGAGAACCAACUUGACAAGGAUGUCGACAUCGAGAACCGAGGAGCGGGAGAUUGUGGACUGGGUGGUCGAAGGACAUGGGACUCUAAAGAAUACCAUUCCCUGACAUUCCAAAAUGCAAACAUUACUUUUAUUGACGAGGAAAACUUUCUCAGCAAUAAUUUGGAAGAGAAUGACGACGACGAUGACGAUGAUUCCAAAGCAAAACUGUCUAUUACUACCUGUGAUGAAAACAUUGAAACAAACUCGAAGGAGGAGCAGAGUUCUGAAUCUGAAGGGUCUGUGUUCACUAGUGAAGAUUCAGAACACAGCCACUCCUAUGAGAAACUCGUAGAAGAAUAUGCAAAAGAAGAAAAUACAGACUCUUGAGACAUUCCACAGUUUUCAACUGUGUUAAGUCAACACAUCUUCCUGGUGGUCUGUUGUUGACUUGGUUGGCAUUGAAGUAUAUGUUUUCUAAAUGUGAACCAUUUGAAAGGAUAUCAGACGUCCCAUUGCAGUUUGGGGGUCUGAUAAUGAUCAAAUUUCAGAAUCGAUGUUUCCUUGAAAAUGCACAUCAAUCAUUUAAAAAGUUGAGCUUCCUGUAGACUCUUGAACAAAUGAUGUCUAACAUCUACAGAGCAUGACGUGUAACCCCAUGAGUAUUUAACAUCUCUAUUUCUGUCUUCCACACAGUUUGAGAAGCUAUAUGCAACACAUUUUAUUGUAAGGUCCAAACCAAGAUCUAUUUUCCCUGAGUGCCUUUUUUUCCAACUCAUAGGCUGAUAAGAAAUUAAAUGUGGAAAUGUAUUUGAUUUCCCAUAGUUUCUUCUAUGCUUAUUCACCAUAUUGGUGUUUUAAUAGUAUUUAUUUAAAUGAAGGACAUAGUAGCUUUUUAUUAAACUACAUGGGUUUAUAUGUCUCCCAUUGCACAAUUCCACCACAUACGGACAGUUUAAAGUCCACUCCACUGCAGAUUGUCUUUUUACAACCUGAGCCAGACAUUUGUCCUUGAAGAAAAUGUUAUUAAAGAAAGGGUUAUGGGCCAAUGCUCCCUUUUUUUUUUUUUUUCUUUGGUAUUUGUUUAUGUUGUGAAGUCCUUGGUAACUUGUGUCUGAGAUUGCUGUUUUGACUGUAUGCAACAAAAUUUUGACUGCACUUGAGGUCAGUGAUCAGUGAUAUAUAGGCAACACCUUAGUCCUAGAACCAACUGAGAGUGAACUCAUUCAUUUUAUUAACAGACAAGCAUUUAUGGCAAAAAUCUGAAUAUCCUGCCAGAGAGAUGGUUUAAACUGAGAUGUUCUUUUUCCUUUUGUACACCUCUGUUCUUGGCUAUGUUGACUGCUGUAAGAAGUCAGCUUUGUGAACGUCCCUCCCACUGUGACACAGAGUAGAUCCCUCUCUGAAUACACUCAAACUGGUUUUGUCAACACAUACUUUUGCAGUUGUUUUGCUGAUGACAGCAUGUCAAACGUCAAAUCUGUGGCUUUCUGGGCCCUCUACCAUGGCAGUGCAUAAUGGGAAUGAAACGUUCACAUCGACCAUAUUCCCACUGUCUGUCUCUUUAGCACCCUUUCAUUUCCCUGUCUUUGCCAUGUAAAUGUUGGCCGAGAGCCCAUCAGUAACCACAAACAUUCCUCUGCUCAGGACAUGGCCUUGCUACUUCUGUUUGCUUUUGGGGGCUCGCACUGGCAUGAAUGACUGAAGUACCGCUUAUGACAGACAGCCAAGGUUAACCUGUAACAGAUCAAUGUACUCUUGACGUAUGUUUUCGUCAUGAGACAAAGUCAGCACUGUUGGCAUCUUGGAUCAUUGUAUAGUGUUUCCCUUUUGUUUCAGCUGUACUCUUGAGAGACUCUGUCCUGCUAACCCGCUGCCUUUUGCACGUUAACUUGCACACAGAAACUUUAAACAGUGUUACUUCGAAUGGUUAAAUGGCAGUGGUGCAGUGUCACACAGGGAUACUUUGAAUUUCAAAGCAGUUUCCUCAUUCAUGCCAGAAGUUAGAUAAUAUGCCCUAAAUAUAUUCCAAUAUUUGAUUUUUGGUUUUUUUUGUUGUUUUUUUCUUGUGAACACACGGGCCACACCAUCCUAACUCCUGUGAUUUAUGGAAAUAUUUUAGAUCCACCACCAAGCAGAGGAAAUACAGUAGAAUGUAACAUCUGUUGAAUGUACUUUGUGUUGACUCUCUGAAAAGGUGUAAUCUUUCUCACUGGGUGUUUUUCUUGCCCUCUCCUAUAUUUCAUCACAGGGCCAUCACCGUUGUGGUUUCAGUUUCUCUCUCUUUUUCACUGGUUUUCCUGGAUGUGCAGGAUUGUUAUGCAGCUAUGGUACUUGUCUGGACUGAAUUGCAAGCAUGUCUUUAGAUAACUAACAGGUUAGGCUUGUUUUAACCCAUUGUCCCUAGUUUUCUUCCUAAAGUUGCUCCAUUGUGUAAAAACUCCAGUAUAGUUGUGUUGUAAAUGCCUUUUUUUAUGAUUAAAUUAUUCAUGUUUGUCAAAGUUUGUAUAUGAAUUCCCCCCCAAAAAACCCUUGUAUAUUUCACGUAUUAAAAUAAACAU